UUGGAAAAUUUGAUGACUAUUUCCAGCCACGUAAAAACGUUCUGAGGCUGCGAAAACAAUUCUCAAAACGAGUUCAAGCAACAGGUGAGUCCGUGGAGGAGUUCUCACGAGCUUUGCAUGUCCUGGCAGCCGAUUGUGAGUUUGCUGGGUCCAAAGAGGAGCGCGUUCGUGAUCAGUUCAUUCUCGGUGUAGCGAGCUCUGACCUGUCGGAAAAGCUCGAACUCCUUCACCUCACCAAAAGUGAUGUCACCCUUGCGUCUGUCCUGGACUAUGCUAGAAACUACUCUGAUGUGAGGCAAGGACGGGCAGCUGAAGCAGCAGUCAAUGCUGUGAGGGGGUCACAAGCCCCAGGGCAGAAAUAUGAUGGCCAAAAGUACCCCCAGUGCAAGUUUUGCAAAUUCAGCCAUGACAAGGGACGCUGUCCAGCGUAUGGGAAGCGCUGUAACAAGUGUGGCAUGCUCAAUCACUUUGCACGAGCCUGUCUGACCCCACAGCCACAGCAGCAGGAGACGAGAGGGUCACGGAACCCACAGCGUGGAAGAGGCCAGAGCAGCAGAGGACGCAGGAUCAGAGAAGUGAUUGAAGAAGAUGAAGAUGCUGGAGAAGAGAACGCUGGCAUAUUCCUGGGAGAGGUCAUGGAAAAGCCAGGUGAGGCUUGGAUGACUUACCUCGAGAUGUGUGGAGCUGUCAUUCCAUUCAAGGUUGACUCAGGUGCCGAUGUGAGUCUGAUCAGCAGAGAAACGUUCGACAAGAUGGUCUUCAAGCCCAGUCUGAAGGCCCCGGAGAAGAAGCUGAUGACGCCAGCUGGAAGACUGGAAGUGAUGGGUGUCUUCCAAGCUGAAGCACGCAGCAAAUCACAGAACACAACUGUCCUGAUGGAUGUGUAUGUGCUUCCAGACACCCCUCGAGGCUGUGGAAAUCUGCUGAGCCGUUCCGCAGCCCAGACGCUCCGUCUGAUUCAGUUUGUUGGAGCAGUGGAAGAUGAAAGCCUGUUUGGCUUCGGGACAUGGAACACUGACUCAGUGUCAUUCAAGAUGAAGGAAGACGCAGUGCCAUAUGCAGUGAGCGCUGCCAGACGGGUGCCCAUCCCACUGAUGGAAGCUGUGAAAAAGUCUCUGACGGAAAUGGAGGAAAAGGGAGUGAUCUCUAAAGUAACUGAACCCACGGACUGGUGUGCACCCAUGGUGCCAGUGAUAAAACCGCAAAGAGAAGAGGGUACAGGCGAAAAGAAGGUCAGGAUCUGCGUCGAUUACAAGCGACUGAACCAGAGCGUCAAGAGAGAAAAGUUCUCGCUACCCACGUUUGAGGAGCUCACAGGGAAGCUGGCUGGAGCCAGAAUCUUCUCGAAGCUCGACGCAGCAUCGGGAUUCUACCAGAUUCCACUGGAUGAGAGUGCGCAAGCAUGCACGGCCUUCAUCACGCCUUUCGGCAGAUACAAGUACCACAGGCUGCCGAUGGGAAUCACGCUCGCCCCCGAAAUCUACCAGCGCAAGAUGACCGAACUUCUGACAGGGCUGGAGGGCGUCAUAUGCUCGAUGGACGACGUUCUCGUCUUCGGAAGGGACGAGAAGGAACACGACCAAAGACUCAAAGCGGUGCUCGAACGGAUCAAAGCGAGCGGACUGAAGCUCAACAAGGAGAAAUGCAGCUUCCAGAAACAAGAAGUCACCUUCCUCGGACACGUGAUCACUGGCCAGGGUAUCAAGGUCAGUCCGGCGAAGGUUGAAGCUGUGCUGAAGUUGGACCCGCCGACGGACGUCGCAGAACUGAGGAAGGUCCUGGGCAUGAUAACGUACCUGACGAGAUUCAUGCCGAACGCCCAAGCUGUCCUGCAGCCGCUGAAUGCACUGCUGAAGUCUGAUGCCGCGUGGACAUGGGAUGCGGCACAAGAAGACGCUUUCAAGAAAGCCAAGAAGAUGCUGGCAGAAGCACCGACGUUGGCAUUCUUCGAUGUCACGAAGCCGACUGUGGUGUCUGCAGACGCCAGCUCGUAUGGGAUCGGAGGUGUCCUGCUACAGAAGCACGGAGAGCAAUGGCGCCCAGUCGCCUACUGCUCUCGCAUGCUGACGAAAGUGGAGCAACGCUGGGCACAAAUAGAAAAGGAGUGCCUCGCAGCUGUCUGGGCGUGCGAGAGGUUCCACACGUUCGUGUGUGGCAUCGAGUUUGAGCUGCAGACUGACCAUCGUCCACUGGUGCCACUGAUCAACAAGAAGGACCUGUCGGACACACCGCUGCGGUGCCAGAGACUACUGAUGAGGUUCGCCAGGUAUGCCCCUACCGCUGUCUAUGUUCCAGGUCGGAAGCUGGUAGUGGCAGACCUCCUGUCGCGCCAUCCGCUGCAAGGCCCGCCUGGAGGAGUGGCGGACGAGCUGCAGCGUGACGUCGACGCUCACGUCAACUACGUGGCGUCCCACCUGCCAGCGUCUGGAGAUAUGCUUCAGCUGAUCCAGACGAAGCAGCAGGAAGACCCCGAGAUCAAGCAAGUGAUCUACUACACUCUACAUGGGUGGCCAGAAAACCUCGCGGAACUGCAGGAUCUCUCGCCGUAUUACGAGGGAAACGGCGCGGCUGAGCGAGGCGUCCAGACGGCGAAGAGAAUCAUGGCUCAGCCAGACCCGUAUCUCGCGCUUCUGACGUACCGGUCAACGCCGCUCGACGUCACAGGAUGCACGCCGUCCCAGCUGAUCAUGGGCCGCCAGCUUCGAUCGCGACUACCGACGACUAAGGCCCAUCUCGCGCCGCGCUGGCCAGACAUGGCUCACAUCGCUCGCCGGGCGGACGAAGCCAAGCGCAAGAGCACUGCUGACUUCAACAGGAGGCAUGGAGUCAGGCCGCUGCCUGCUCUUCGGCCCGGUGAUGUCGUCCUCACCCGCCUGCCAGGAGAGCGCCUCGGUGGCCCCCACGCCAUCAAGAUGUUCUUGUUCGCGGACCAGCUGGAGUACGAUGAGCCAAUGCAGGAGAAGGUGCAGCGGAUGGCUCAGUUCCUGCUCCUCUUCUAUGUCGUCGCGUGGCUGCGGGCCCCUGUUGCAGAGGACGCCCCCGCUAACGACCUCAACCUGUACCGUAGCCUGGUGCGAGUUGGUCAUGUCCGGACGCCGAUGAGAUGCCGGCUGUGGAAGGGCGACCUCAGCAACUCGCGCAAAAAACACAAGGCCUUCGUGGCUCGGAAGGCGGCACAGAUAGAAAGAAGAUAG